AUGGCAACUGCUUCCCCAGUGCCACCGGGCAUGACACCUCCGCUGACAGUGGAUACCGAAACAAACCAUAAUGGAGUGAUUACAGUCAUCGCAUCUUUUUCAUUAUUUUUGGUUCUGGGGUCGGUAGGAAUUCGUGUGCAUUCUGCAUACAGUAGAAGAGCCCGACAGUCGGAUGAUUUGACUUUUGCGGCCACUGUGAUUCUUUCCUUGGCACAGGUAUCUGUGGUCUUUGUGCAGAUCCACCUUGGCUGGGGAAAGUCAAAGACGCUGAUCGCCGAUGAGGAUUGGAACUCCAUCGAGAAGGCUGCGUACAGUGCAGAUAUCCUCUACAUUGCAGUAUUAUCCUCAUCAAAGGCGUCAACAGCUCUUUUUUACCGGACCAUUACUCAACGUAGCUCGCAAUGGAUGAGCUAUGCUCUUCUCGCGGUUACUCUACUCUGCGCUCCUGUUACUAUAGUUCUACUGUCACUCCGCUGUGAUCGGCAUCCAUGGUAUGAUAUCAACAAACAAUGCUCCGUUUUGUUCCCUCACUGGCAAGCCGUCACAGCAUUGGAUAUUAUUUUUGAAUCUAUACUGUUACUCUAUCCGAUCCGGGCAAUCGUCCGACUGCAGACGACACUAAGCAACAAAAUCAUUGUAAUUCUUGUGCUUAGCUGCCGGCUUUUUCUCAUACCAAUCUCCGCGAUCCACCUCCAUUACAUGAGUCAACAAAUCAAUUCGCCAGAUCCAACACUCGAAGGGAGUUUUGCUACCAUUGUGGCGGAAAUUCAUGUGGCACUCAGUGUUCUUGUAUUGACAGCGCCACUAAUGAAACCAUUCAUCGCGGCCUACGUUGACGAGAACGGUCUCGCCUAUACCGACGACUCAUCAAAUGCACGAACCAAUCAUAAAGUCACCCCACAUUCCGACCGAUCAAAUGAGACAUAUCCCGGGUCACGGAUGAGUAACCCCCCAACGAAACCCAGAAUUUUGAAGAGUAUUGAAAUAUCGGUGGAUCGCGACGAUGUGGAGCUUUUGGAGAGACGAUGA